AUGAGAUAUACUUAUGGAUAUUUGACUUGGGAGUGGCGACGUGAUCAAUUGCGCAGCAUCGCUCAUCCAAUUUUAUUUGUAGCGGUGUAUAAAUUACUUGUGUUUUUAAGGAUUGAUCAAGUUGAUGAGUUCAUUAUAUAUGGGCCACGUAUUUUACAAGCGUUAAUUGCCGCUUUCGGCGAUUUAUACACGUACAAACUGGCAAGGCGCAUUUUUCGCGAAGAUCGAGUCGCUAAUCUUGCCUUAUUUUGUUCGCUUGUUUCAUGGUUUAAUUUUUAUUGCUCGGUACGAAUGUUAUCGAAUAGUGUGGAGACAGUUUUAACUACUGUGGCCUUGUAUUACUGGCCAUGGCCAUCAUUUGCAACCAAAGAUACGAGCUGGAAAGAAAGAUCUAGCAUGUUACGUAUAUCUUUAUCAAUCGCGGCACUGGCAUGUAUUUUACGCCCUACAAAUGCCGCACUUGAAUUCAAUCAUCUUCAAUACAACCUUAAUAAUGUAAGCAUGAUCUCAAAUUUAUUCUUUUUCCAAUUUUUAUUCUCAAACAAUCGGCCUAUUUCAAUCAUUUCUGCAGUUUUCGUGCCUUUUAACUUUUUCCGUGUCAACGUGUUCCAAUCGAUUUCGCUUUUUUAUGGUACUCACCCCUGGCAUUGGUACUUUACCCAAGGAAUUCCGGCUAUCGCCGCUAGCUUUCUCCCAUUUGUUACAAAAGGUAUCAUCUCGUCAGAAUCACAUGCGCCAAGAGCGAAACCUUUUGUGUCGCUGAUGCUUUGGGUUAUCAUUGGAUACAGCUUUCUCGGUCAUAAAGAGUUCCGUUUUAUUUAUCCCAUUUUGCCAAUUGCUAUAAUAUUCUCUGGAUUUGGUUUAGCAGAAAUCGCGCGAACAGAACAAUCUCAGAACUCCAUACAUCGUCAUUAUUUCAAAGCAUCAAUAGUAUUUUUGAUAAUAACUCAAAUACCAUUGGCUUAUUAUACAAGCUUCACCCAUCAACGCGGAGUUAUUGAUGUAAUUAAUUACUUGAGGAUAGGGGUAAAACAGGGAAAAGUGAGAGAUAUUGGAUUUUUGAUGCCAUGUCAUUCAACGCCGUUCUAUAGUAAUAUGCAUCAGAAUGUUACAAUGUGGUUCUUAACAUGUGAACCGCCAGUGAGUGAUACGACCGAUAUCAAUGAAUCAUCGCUAGACGAAGCAACUAUAUUUUACGCUGACCCUCAACAAUAUUUGACUAAUCGAUUUGAGCCUUUAACAAACAAACAAGAGUCAAAUAACGGUGUAUCAAACAAUAUUAUUAGCAUGAAUUCAUCUCGUGAAAAAUGGCCAAGUCAUCUUGUUAUUUUUCAAGCUUUAUUAAAGGAUCUUGAACCGUUUAUUGAUAAAGCGCAAUACCAUCAGCGAUGGGAUUUACCUGAACUUGGGUUCAACUUCAAAGAGGAUGUCUCGACACAGUCACAGGUAAAGUCAUCGGUGCAGCGAAAUAUUCGCUCCAAAAUUCUGGAUCAGUAUAAACAACUGGAAUCAGUAGUGGAUGAGGUGCUCCCGAAAAAGACGCCAUUGGUUUUAAUAAAAUGCCAUGAACAUAUCAACUUGUUAACAAUGAACAACGAGAUACUGUUCUUUCAACAUUUCGAUGGACCAUAUUAUCCGACUCUGCGUCUUCUUCAUAAAUAUCCAGAUGCAUUUCCACGUGUUCAAGUAGACCGUGGCGCGAUAAAAUUCAUUCUAUCUGGUGCAAAUAUCAUGUGCCCAGGAUUAACAUCAAAAGGUGCAAAAAUUGAACAAGAACUUCCGGCUGAUACUAUUGUCGGGGUAUUUGCUGAAGGGAAAGAGCAUGCGAUUGCGAUUGGAUUAAUGAAAUUGUCUACGGAAGAGAUUAAAAAAGUCAAUAAGGGUAUCGGGGUCGAUAAUAUUCAUUAUCUUAACGAUCCUUUGUGGAAGACUAUAGUGGAAGUCUAG